ACCAACGAUGGCAGAGGAAAACCCUACCUUGGCCGAGUACUUUCCGAAGGAACUCGAGUGUCAAGCUGUAUUGAACGGUGGAUUAAACUUGCAUCAGCCAUUGGAAGGUUUCACACAAGCUUCAGGAAGCACAGCUCUAGCUACUGACUCCGGCUACAGCCCUGGCGAGCUCCUCGAUAGCUACAGCUCAUCAGAAGAGAACACCUAUCUGGGGAGCCCAGCUGGUUCAUCCCAAAUUGAUGGGACUCCUUCGUCGAACCGUCUAGGCAGCGUCGUGCAUUAUCCUUUGAUCAUACCAAGCGUAAGUGACACCACCUUGGUUAAUGGCAAUCAUCCUCAAUCUCAAGACUGCUCAGCAUCAACAUCAUCGGGAGACAGCGAAGAAGCUCUAUUUAUGCAGAAAGCACAGCGCCUUGCUCGGGCUAGCAUUCGUUAUUCUUUGGAACUUGCUGAUUCGCGAUACCAGCCGUCACCACUUCCGAAUGGCGAAAAUCAUAUGAACGGCGGUACAAAAGAUAACAAAAGCAACCCAUCCGGCACAGACCAACGUCGACUUCCAUCUAGAGAGCCCCCCUUUGCUUUCUCCAGCGCCCCUCUUGAUUCUUUGGCAAACCAAGACCAGUCAACAGAGGCGGCCCUCAGGAAACCUUCUACUGGAAGCUACCAGACCAGUGUCAAGGACGAUCAUCUCGAGCCCUCACAAGACGCGGCCCCUGAGCUCUCAAACGAGGGCGACGAGAUCUGGACUCGACAAGUCCCUGUGUCUCAACGUGUCAACGGCCUCGCUACCCGGACUAUUGUUUUCAAGACGAGGGCUGGCAAUCCUGUAAGGAUUGUCAACCAGCCCAAGCAGCCGUUUCUCAGUUGCCGGGGCCUCAGAGUUGUCAAUCCAGACACAGCUCCAAACGGAGGAGCUGACUACGAAAGCUCUGAUGACCUUGCAAGGAAGCCAAGCCCCAUUUCCAGCUGCUCUGGUACGCCCAACCUGAACAGUCAGAAAAAAAGAGUAGACUCUGAAGAGUCAGGAGAGUCAGAGGAACCCUUGGACAAGAUCUAUUCCAGUCUGAACGGCAAUCCCAAAAGGGUCUCCCUUCCAAUCAGGUUUGGCUCAGCAAGUACUUCGGGCGUCUACACGUCUAUUAGUCCACAUUUCACCUCCCACGGCAACGUCCCAGCCUCUCAGUUGUACAGCCAACCAGCCUCGAGCCUUAUCGUCGACAUUUCUUCAGAUUCCGACGAAAGCAGCUCCUACAACUCAUUCAGUGCUCCUAGUAUUGCUGCUAUUCCAUCUGCAUCACAAAAUCACCCCGAAGAAAAGGCCACACAACAGAAUCUCGACAUCAAGACAAAUAUUCUUGGAGAUCAGGUUGCAGGGACUCUUGAUCAACUCAAGACUGCCCGGUGGAGCCUCGGUCUGCUUUGGCGUACAUUUUUCGAGCUUCUGCGGAUGACAUUCAGCUUGACACUUAGAAUCACCGCUUCAACUGCAAGAGGAGUAGGGGCCAUCUUCCAGUUUGACCUUCGCGCCUUUUCAUCGCUGCUCAAGAUCUGGAUUCAGUUUGGUCAGGUGGUGAUUCAAACCUUCCUGGCCUCUACCCUGAUUGUGACUAUUGCCGUCGGUUUGUCGCUCAUAAGAACCCGUUCCUUCGCCGCCUGCAAGGAGGCUUUCUUUCUGGCAAUCCAAGUCUGGGACAGUGCUGUACAGAAAUUUCUGUCUCUGCGUUCUUCUUUGUUAGCAUGGCUUUCGAUCACAACCAAUAUGCCUCCUCCCCCUCAACAAGACUCCCGCGGCGUUCCAACGGUGGAAUAUUCCCAUCCUUGGACUCAUUUGGAAGCCGAAUCAGAUCGUCACGGUCCGAACAUCCAAUCGUCUUUGGGGAAGCCGAAAUCUCAGCGAGUCAGCUUUCAGGAUAUGUCUCUCAAGCCGACUUACCUUCAAGUGACGACGCAGCCAGAUAUCCUGUCGGCGACACAGAGGACACAAUACAGCACCGGCCCUCCUCGCAAGCAUAUGGGCGAGAAGGCAGACAGACCUCGGGAGGCGUUGAGGGCCCGGGGGGUGAAACCCACAAGGUACGCCGCAGGCUGGACGAGAAAUUCUCAGGGGAUCGCAAGCAAAUCAGCAAACUACUAGGUCUUCGACGUAGGGAUCGAUCUCCCAAUCGGCCACCCAAGAUAAGCUCUCCAAUUGGUCCUGUUGUGCACAAUGGGAGGAUAAUGUCAACAGAUUCUACUGAUGCUGCUACUAUCAAAACAUCAUACUCGUUUCUUCCCAAAACCCGAAAGAAAGCAGCUCGAGGCUCGGAGAAUAUUAAUCCAACCGACACGGAAUCUGAGGCGCAUCCUCGACGAGGUAUGGCAAAGUCCAAGACCUUGAACAACGUCUUUUCCAGCAUCUCUGGUUCUCUUUCACGCGGGUCUCUCGGAAGCUUUGGAGCCGGUAGUCGUAACGUGAGUGGCUCAUCAACAAGCACAACAGCAACUGGUUCCAUGAAUCAACCACUUCUAUCACUGCCGCGACUCAUUAGCAGGGUGUCGAGCGGUGGCGGUCCAGAUGCAAAUAUCAUCAAUGUUUCUGCCAUUACUUCGAACCCCCGCCUAGUAGCACAUGCGCAGCCAACGUCGUAUUGGGCUGGUCGCUUUCUUUCACUGCAUGAUCGCUUCCACUCUG